AUGGACCCCGAAACGAAGAAACUAUUGCUAUUAAUAUUAAAAAAUGGUAGUGGCCGUGGGCGUGGCGGUGGACGUAGAGGUGGCCGAGGACGAGGCCGUGGCCGUGGCCGUGGUCGUGGUCGCGGACGUGGUUUGCAGGCUAGCUACCAGCCUGCACCACCUGGUGCAUAUUACCACAACGCUCCGGCAGGGUACUACCAGCCUGGAACAUUUUACCAGUCGGGUGGUGCUGGAACUUUGUUCCAGACAUCUCCUCCUGGCGGCUUUUAUCAGCCACAACCACCCGGCGGGUUUUAUCAGCCACCUCCACCAGCCGGAUUUUACCAGCCAUCACCAUAUUACAAUGCUGGUAAUAUGAUACAGCCACAACCACAACCACUGGGUAAUGCAAAUUAUUAUCACCCUCAUCAGGGUAAUACUAAUUUGGAGCCAAAUGCGGCUGGACUAUAUUACCCGUCGGUGGUAAAUAAUCAAAAAAAGGAGAAGGAAAUCCAAAAAAAAAAUAAGGAAGAAAAGAAGAAGGAGGAAAAGGAGGAGAAGGAGGAGAAGGUGAAGGAGGAUGCGAAGGGGAAGGAGGAGGAGUAG